CCCAUGUGUCUCUUUGCAUGGUUUCUUUAUUCUGUUUUCUUUGAGCAUUUGUCACUUCACCCCUUUCUUUUUCAUCCAUUUUGCUGAAUUUUAUUUUAUUUUGGACUAAAGUCGCCAUCUUGCCUUCUCCCAUUUGCUCUGUUUGUGAGCUUUUCUCUGUGGAAACAACUGAGUUUUUUUGCCAAGAUUUCUAAACCGAAAUUUCUUGCUUUUGAAGAAUUUAUAAUGUCUAUAUCUUUUCUGUGCAUGGAUUCCUUUCUUGAUUUCUGUAAACCUCUGUUUGUGUGUGUUUAAAUAGUGUGUGAGUGUUGAAUUAUGAAUAUUUUGGUCUACUUUUUCAGGCACUUUUUCUGCAAUCAUAGGUGUUGGUGGUAAUUCUGGUUGAGGGCAUAAAAUGGGAGGGAAAGUGCAAAUGGGAAUCAAAGUUCAUGUGAUUUUGCAGUUGGGAGUUGGUUGGAAGCACGUUUCUCAUUUUUCUUGAAUUUUGAAAAAUGGAGGGGUUGAAUCAGAAGUCUCUGGAGAGAGUGGUUUCACAGAGAGCUUUCCAAAUGGGGAGUUCAUUUCCAUGCCAAAUUUGUGUGGUGGGAUUUCUUUGUGGGGUUUGCAUCACCUCUGUGUUUCUUGCUGCCCUUACCUCAUUUUCUGCUUCCUCUUUUGGUGGUGUUUCCAUCUCUCUCUUCUCUCCUGGGAUUUCUGCUCCCAAUUCUUCUACAUCAUCAUCAAUCGGUGGAGACUGCGGGGCCUUUCUUAAUGAGAAUGAAAGGAUCGUCUAUGAAAGCACAGAGGAGAAUGUUUCGUUACUAUAUAAAGCAUGGAGCAACCUACUUGGUGUAUCGACUGACCAGUUAAGAGUGAACAGAUUACAUGUUCCGAGGGCCCCUCAUUUGGAGGAUUGCAAGUUGAGUGGCGAAAUGAAUCAUCGUCUUGAUACACGCCUUCCGAAUGGGAGCUUCCCACCAUGGACAAUUUGGAAAGGGCUGUUGGACUACCUUCCACUGACGCCCGUUGAUGAGCAGCUUAAGCAAUACAGGGAUCAUGUAAUAUCUAAAGGAGCUUAUCCACCCUGGAUCAUGGGAUCAGACGAGGAAAACUACCCUCUCACGAGGAAAGUGCAGAGGGACUUGUGGCUUCAUCAACAUCCCGUGGACUGCAAUGAUCCUGCUGUGAAGUUUCUAGUAGCGGAUUGGGAGAGAUUGCCGGGAUUUGGCAUUGGAGCGCAACUUGCAGGAAUGUGCGGUCUGCUUGCUAUUGCAAUCAACGAAAAGAGGGUGUUAGUUACAGACUACUACAAUAGAGCUGAUCAUGAUGGCUGUAAAGGUUCGUCACGCUCUAGAUGGUCGUGUUAUUUCAUCCCCGAGACGUCCCCGGAAUGCAGGAAACGAGCCUUUGAACUCAAGGACGACAAAGCAGCAUGGGGAAAGGGUAUUAUAACAGUGAAAGAAAACUAUACUUCCAAAGAAAUAUGGGCAGGACAUGUACCUAGGGCAUGGGGAAAUCCGUGGAGUAUUAUGCAGCCAACGACAGAAAUAAACGGGAGCUUGUUACUUCAUCAUCGUAAAAUGGAUCGUAGAUGGUGGCGAGCUCAGGCAGUUCGCUACCUCAUGAGGUUUCAGUCCGAGUAUACGUGCAACUUGAUGAACAUUGCUCGACACACUGCAUUCGGAUGGGAAGCUGCGAAAAUGGUUCUUGCAUCAUCCUCUAAAAAUCUUUUCGAGGCCGAACAAGAGAGCAAGCGCGAUAUAGAAAGAUUCGUAUGGUCGAAUCACAAACCAUGGCUUCCCCGUCCCUUGUUAAGCAUGCACGUGAGGAUGGGCGAUAAGGCGUGUGAAAUGAAGGUGGUAGGAUUCGACGAUUACAUGAAGCUAGCAGUGAAGGUUCGGAGGCGCUUCCCACAUCUGAAUCGCGUGUGGCUUUCUACUGAAAUGCAGGACGUUGUUGACAGAUCAAAAUCAUACGAGGGCUGGAGGUUUCACUACACGAACGUGACACGACAAGCGGGGAACAUCACGAUGGCGACCUAUGAGGCGAGCCUUGGCAGGGAGACGAGCACAAAUUAUCCUCUCGUGAACUUCUUGAUGGCCACGGAGUCCGACUUCUUCAUCGGAGCAUUGGGCUCGACGUGGUGCUUCCUCAUAGACGGCAUGAGGAACACCGGUGGGAAAGUGAUGUCAGGUUACUUGAGCGUCAACAAGGACAGAUUUUGGUAGGAGCCGCUCUGUAUCGCGUCCAAUGAGACUGGACGAGCUCAGGCCGGUCGGGACCCAAGCAACAGGCGCCGGAGCUCGGAUGUCGUAUACGUUGAUAGGUCCCAAGAAACGUUGUGAGUUGUGAAUAGUGAGAUAAAGAAUGUUUUAAAAUUGCAAAUCAUUCAAAAUUGAAAUUUAUUCUUUUGUGGAUUGA